GAUAACCCUGUCAAACUCUGCACACAGGAUUUAGGGCUACUCAUCACCCUGUGUGCUCUGUCUUACUAUAGAGUUCCUCUAUUCUGUGCCAGUCUCAGUACUGGAGGUGAGGCCUCAGAUGGCUACAGGCCCCGCCCCAGCCUCUCAUCCAAUCAUGGUCCCUCCCUCUGGGGGCUGGGCCAACAGAUUGCUCUCCAGCGGCUGGUAGCUCCCUCACUAGGCUCCCAGCCAGGGACAAUGCCCCACUGCUGCUGUUGCUGCUGGAGGCAGCCACCCCGUUUCCUGAGGCUGUUGCUGUUGGUGCCAUUCGUCCUUGUACCUCUCCUAGCAGCAGCCACAGAGGGUCCAAGUCGUUGUGAUACCAUAUACCAGGGCUUUGCAGAGUGUCUCAUCCGCCUGGGGGACGGCAUGGGCCAAGGAGGCGAGCUGGAGACUAUCUGCAGGUCCUGGAAUGACUUCCAUGCCUGUGCUUCUCUGGUCCUCUCAGGCUGCCCGAAGGAGGCAGCUACCGUGUGGGAGUCACUACAGCAAGAAGCUCGCCGUGCCCCGAACCCAGAUAACUUGCACACUUUAUGUGGUGCCCCUGUGCAUGUCAGGGAUCGUGGUGUGGGCCCAGAGACCAACCAAGAGACAUUGCGGGCAACAGGGCCUGCACCUGCCCCAGCCCCUGCACCUUCCCUGUUGGCUGCUGCUUUGGCGCUGGCUUGCCUCCUGGGGCCCCUGGCCUAGCAGGAAGGUGCUAGUGGCAGCAACCACACCUCCAGCCCUGUUUCUGCAGAGUGCACAAGGCUUUCAUUAAAGGUAUUUAUAUUUGCA